GCCACCCCCAGGCCUUGCCGCCCGCCAUUCCCUGCAACCUCCACUCUGCCACCCGCCAGGCCACUAGCGCACGGGCCCACCCUCUCCAGCACUCCCGCGCGCUCUCGCCGCGCCCCCGCCGUCCUCACCCUCACUAACCAUCGCCCGCUGCGCGCGCCCGUCGCGUCUCACUCAAGCAAGCACGGGGCGGGCCCGAGUCGGUGAGCAGCGCGCAGGCGCACAUCGGGCCCCGCGCUUUUCGGAGACCGCACUGGUCGGCUGGUAGGCGGGGAAGCGCGACCGUCCAGCAUGCAAGCCUCCAGCUCCAGGUCUGUGCACCUGAGCGAAUGGCAGAAGAAUUACUUUGCCAUUACAUCUGGCACAUGUGCAUCAGGACAGAAGGCAGACGCCUACCGAGCACAGAUAUUACGCAUUCAGUAUGCGUGGGCAAACGCGGAGAUCUCCCAGCACUGCGCCGCCAUGCUGUUCAGAAAAUAUGCAGAGAAAUACUCAGCGGUUAUUGAUUCUGACAGUGUCGAGACUGGGUUGAAUAACUAUGUGGAAAGCAUUUUAACUUUAGCAAGAUCGCAGCAAAUGGACAGUGACAAGUGGCAGUCUGGAUUGUCAAUAAAUAACGUUUUCAAAAUGAGUAACAUACAGGGGAUGAUGCGAGCCGGCAACAAAGCCAGGGAGUCUCUGUUGGCGCCCGCCGAUGCGUCGGGAUUCAUCCGCAAAGAGACUGUCAUCUUCGAUCCUCCUAAAUCAAGUGGUGGUGGUGGUGGUGGUGGUUCUGGGGACAGUGGCCCAGUAACUAAUGCAGUUCAUAGUAAGAAUAGGACCCGAGACAUCCCAGAGGGUAGUCCUUUGAUAUGUCCUCAGAAUGCGCGGCCACCUGCACUGACUAACACCAGUCAGACAUGUCCUGCGUCCCUAACACCUUUUGGUGAAUUUGCCACCACAAAAUUGCAUGCCACACCAAUGUUUGGAACUGUCAAAGAGGAAAAUAACAGCUCUCCCAAAGCCAGCAUAGGACUGAAUGAGUUCUCAGCUCAUCAGUCUUAUUUGCUUUCUGGUUGUGACAAUCCAUGGCCAAGGAGAGCUUUUUAUGGUUCUGGGUUCAUCGACGCACUUUCCACGCCAGUGGCCAAUAAGGCUUUUUCUAAAACAGAAGACGGUGCCCAAAGAGAAGAGGGCGGCCUGCCUGCUUUUAAAACUGCAAGAGAGCAACUAUGGGUGGAUCAGCAAAGAAAGAACCAGCAGCCCCAGUGUGUUUCGGGGUCAGCGUAUGGUGGUGUAAAGAAGUCUCUGGGAGCCGGUCGGUCCCGGGGAAUAUUUGGUAAGUUCGUUCCUCCUGUACCGAAGCAGGACGGGGGAGUGCAGUACAAGCCUUCCAGCGCGGGACCGGCAGAGCCAGCACGUCCCGUAGACGAGCGUCUGAAGAACCUGGAGCCUAAGAUGAUCGAACUUAUUAUGAAUGAGGUCAUGGAUCAUGGGCCCCCGGUAAAUUGGGACGACAUCGCAGGAAUAGAAUUUGCCAAAGCCACGAUAAAGGAGAUUGUCGUGUGGCCCAUGGUGAGGCCGGACAUCUUUACUGGUUUACGAGGACCCCCGAAAGGAAUUCUGCUCUUCGGGCCCCCUGGGACUGGGAAAACUCUGAUUGGCAAGUGCAUUGCCAGCCAGUCUGGGGCAACGUUCUUCAGCAUCUCUGCUUCCUCCUUGACUUCCAAAUGGGUAGGCGAGGGGGAGAAAAUGGUCCGCGCGUUGUUUGCUGUCGCAAGGUGUCAGCAGCCGGCUGUGAUAUUUAUUGAUGAAAUUGAUUCCCUUCUGUCUCAGCGAGGAGAUGGUGAGCAUGAGUCUUCUAGACGGAUCAAAACCGAAUUUCUGGUUCAGCUAGAUGGAGCAACCACCUCUUCUGAGGACCGUAUUCUGGUGGUGGGGGCAACCAAUCGGCCCCAGGAAAUCGAUGAGGCCGCCCGGAGAAGGUUGGUGAAAAGGCUUUAUAUCCCUCUCCCAGAAGCUUCAGCUAGGAGACAGAUCGUGACGAACCUCAUGUCCAAGGAGCAGUGUUGCCUCAGUGAGGAGGAGGUCGGCCUGGUUGUGCAGCGGUCUGAUGGGUUCUCAGGGGCCGACAUGACCCAGCUGUGCAGAGAAGCGUCUCUUGGGCCCAUUCGAAGUUUACAGACUGCUGACAUCGCUACCGUGACCCCAGAUCAAGUUCGACCAAUAGCUUAUGUUGAUUUUGAAAAUGCUUUCAGAACCGUGCGGCCCAGCGUGUCUCCUAAAGAUUUAGAGCUUUAUGAAAACUGGAACAGAACCUUUGGCUGUGGGAGGUGAACGGGACACUUGAAGUUUAAAGAUGGUGUUUUGGUAACAUGCCUUUCCCACUUUGUAGCUUAGGAAACUGGGAUUGACUUUGUUACUAGAAGCUUGGAUUUCCUCCAGGCACUACCUGAUGUGUGAGCCUGUUUGUACAAAAUAUGAAUGAACGUGUAUUUUUUGUCCAAAGCAGGUCUUUUCAGGGUGGACAGUAUGAUGAAUAGUGGGCUCAAACUGAAACUAAAGAUUCAAUGUGAGCGAGGUGGCCUCUGAUGGGUACGCAUCUCCCGUUGAAGAAGGGUUCUUCUGACCACGUGACUCCGUGUUGGCCGGUGUGGUGGUUUUCAUUUGAAGCAGCUUCACUUCGUGGUGUUCCAUGGAUUUAUGGUCUCACCAAACAGCCAAAUGAAAGUGCCAGUUUUUUGUUCUUUGUAGCCUCUUACAGUUUUCUCCUAUUUCCAGGAUUGACUAAUGGAGACGUGUUCACAGGUAGCCAGGUGUAAUCCAGUAUUGGAGAUAUCUCCGCAGACUUGAAGGAUGAAGAAUGUUGUAUUUUUCUAGGGGGUAGAUGGUAGAGGAUGUUUAAUAUUUUAUUUGGCACUAGUUCACAACCCGUAGUGUGGGUCUCUCAAAAGUAUAUGUCCAGAUUUUUAUAUUGGACCAUUUUGUUUUGUAAGUAAUAGAUGUUCAUCGUAGAAACAUGAGGGCAGAGAAAUGAAGAAGAAGAGACGGAUGAUUGCUGUGAUCUCACCCCCCCACUUUGGGGAGCACGGUGUCCGCUCUUGCACACGUCAUCUACCGGGUGGGACUGUAUGGUCUGUUGAGUAGCCUGCUUUCUUCUCUGUCACCGUCACUUCUUGUGUGAAUAUGCUCCGUACAACAUCCUCCCUCAGGAUCCCAUCGUCUGGAUGGACUGUCAUUUACCCAGUCCUCUGCUCCGCUGGCCUCAGGGCAGGGCACAAGCUGGUUUCCCUUUUGUUCAUUGUACAGAAAAACAUGUUGAACACCUUAGUGAUCGUUUUAAAAAAAUAAAUACACCUCUCGAGUAAAA